UGACAACCCCACCCUCUCCUUUUACCUACAUUUUCCACACCGGCCAAGAACCAACCAGCAAGCCCUGCCUUACAAUGUCUCUUUGGGUUGAUCAAUAUCGUCCUCGUCUUUUGGAGGAUCUUCAUUAUCACCACGAACUUUCCGUUCGCUUGCGGUCGCUUGCGUCCUCUGGUGAUUUUCCCCAUAUGUUAUUCUAUGGUCCUUCUGGAGCAGGCAAAAAGACGCGUAUUACUUGUACAUUGAAGCAAUUGUUUGGGCCUGGUGUAGAUAAGCUCAAGAUUGAUCAGCGAGUUUUUCUCUCUCCUUCAAAAAGAAAACUCGAGGUGAAUAUUGUGCAGAGCAAUUUCCACAUUGAAAUCACUCCAAGCGAAGCCGGAAACUACGAUCGUGUAGUGAUACAAGAACUUUUGAAAGAGAUUGCUCAGACGCAGCAGGUUGACCUGAAUGCAAAACAAAGGUUCAAAGUGGUGAUCAUCAACGAAGCUGAUUCUCUAUCGAGAGACGCUCAGGCAGCUCUCCGUCGAACAAUGGAAAAAUACAUGUCCAAUAUGCGUAUCAUUCUUUGCGCCAACAGCACGAGCCGGUUAAUUGCUCCGAUUAAAAGUCGGUGCCUUCUAAUGCGUGUUGCCGCUCCAAGUGCAAAGGAUAUGCAAGCUGUGAUGCAAUAUGUAUCAAAGCGCGCCGGAUUUGACCUACCACUUGACGUGGCGUCCAAAAUUAUCGACGAUUCCAGCGGAAAUCUCCGUAAAGCCAUUUUAUGCCUUGAAGCCCUCAAGAUGCAAUCGCCUGACCUAUCUGGCGCAUUGACGAUCGCAAAGCCUGAUUGGGAAACUUAUUGCCAUAAAGUCGCUGAUUUAAUAAUCAGCGAACAGUCUCCUGCUCGCGUGAUGGAAGUCAGACAAAAGUUCUACGAGUUGUUAAGCCAUUGUAUACCGCCAACAAUCAUCCUCAAGACUGUAGCAGAUCGGGUAGUAGAGAGAGUCGACGACGCAAUCAAAGCUGACGUUAUGCACUGGGCAGCUGUAUACGAGGUACGCAUGCGCAUCGGCUCCAAGAAGAUAUACCACCUGGAAGCUUGGGUGGUCAAAGUAAUGAGCCUAUAUAAGCACUUUUUCUAUGGAAUGGAUUUGACUGGGUUCGACUGACAAGGUAUCCACAUACAUAUUUGGGUAUAUCUUUGAUCUCUUGUAUUUGCGUAUAUUCCAAAGAUUCGAGUCCUCGUUGCAGAAAAUACAUAUUAUGCACUACAUGUACAUUAAGCAACUUGACGUUGCUCGCUCACUACAUGUUCUUUGG